AUGCAGCAUUUGACUUUAGUCUCUUCGGUGCUGUUGAGCACCAUUUCCUACGUCUACGGCCAAGUCCCGAGUGCAGGCGCUUGCGGACCGACCAGCGUUGCUAAUGUUCCUGGGUGCUGGGGUCUUCCGGGCUGUGCGUAUGUCAUUGCAGGACCAGAUGCGGCAUGCAGCUAUGAUUAUUGCAACUGUGGAGGGACCAACGUGCCUCUUCUCCCUCAGACUUUGUCCAACACACCGACAAUUGGAUGUAAUUCGUAUACUACCCAGCCGUCUGCAAACAACUGUCCCACUGCGGCCAUCGUAGCUCCAGGUCCAGGUUCUCCUGGUUCCGGGCCUUCUUCCGCGGUUCCUUCGACGACCGCUCCUUCAAACCCUCCCUCAUCUCUACCAACUGGGGCGACUGUGGUCACUAGCACCAUAAGUGGGCAGACGGUAAUCGAGACCUUUGCGCCAACCACCUACACCCAGUUUGCUACAGUCACAACCACCAUAACAACCACGAUCCUUGGCGCAUCAAGCAGUCCUAUCACGAUUACAGUUGGUCCAUCUGGGGUGGCUUGGACACCCUUCAACCAAAGCCCAGGAGUCCCUAAUGUGGCGCCUCCAUCGCUCUUGCCAGGAGCUCCUCCGCCGUCCAGUUCAAGCGUGCCAUUGCCACCAGGAGGAACGGUAGUGACCGCCACAAUUGGCUCGACGGUCCUUACCGAAACAUUUGUGCCGACUACUCUCUCAGGCUACGCAUCUCUGGCGUCAACGAUAACUACUACAUCUUUGGAUGCUCAAAGCAGCCCUGUUACAAUACUGAUUGGUCCGGGCGGCAUUAGAUGGAUUCCCGUCAGUCUACCUUCCGGAGUUCCCGAAGUCCCUCCGCCCACAGUGCUGCCCUUCAACCCAAAUGCCCCUUCAAUAAGGCCGCCCGGCAGCACACUAUCUAGCAGUGCGCCGAGCUCAACUGCCUCAAGCCCUACUCCAUCAACCACGACCCCCGCAAGUGCCUCCCCAAGUGGCACAGCUGAUGCAGGUCAGGCUUCAAUAACAGACGCCUUCGGUAAUACAGCCCUAUCUGAGACUACCAUUAUCGCUGGAGGCGUAACAGAGUAUUGGUCAAAGGCCACCUUUGCAGAUCUAAGCACUGUAACAGCACCGACGACAGUAACAACACCGAUUGCGCAAACCAAUCAAGACGGUAGCCAAUUUACAAUCUCUGCAGCAAUCAUAAUUGUUGGGCCAGGUGGUGUCUGGUGGAAUGGAGGCACCGGUGGUUGGGGAUUGCACGGCCCCUCUUGUAUCUGGCCUUUCUGCCCGCCAGGACCACCUAGCGGAGGAGAUGUCGGUGGUGCUGGCUCUGCUACUAACCCCAAUGACCCCAAUAGCCCUAACAGCCCCGAGAAACCCAGCGAUCCCGAUGAUGAUGACGACAACAAAUCCCAGUCCCAAAAGAGUUCGGACCCCUCAAGUACAAUCACCUCGCAGUUCUCAAGCUCCUCAGCAUCCUUUUCAUCCUGCAGUGCAAGCACUAUCGCUUCAGAUUGCUCGGUCAUCUGUUCAAUGCCAACCAGCGCCUCAUCCCAAUCUUGCUCUACUACAUGCUACUCUACUGUCACCGGGUGCGGUGCUACAGGCACAACCGAAUAUUCGACCGCUACCGGAGCCUCCUGCACAAAACCGACAGGCUGGGGCAACGUGGUUGACGGAGAUGACUCUCCCGAUUACGAGCCCCUUGGAACAGCGGGUAUAGCUGCCCCUGGCGGUGUCAUUGGUGGUGCAUUGGGCUCUUCAUCAGCCACCGGCAGCUCUGGAACCACCCGUGGAUCUACAGCUACCAGUGCUAGCUCUUCAAGCCCUUCGAGUGCACCACUCACGUCGAUUGUGCCCAACCCUACUUGCAUGGCAGAUGGGGCUCCGUGGUACAGCCCGACAAGUUGGUGCGACUGUGGACCGAGUUCAACCUACCCAACGCUGUCGGCUACGUCUGGCGCUACUACAGCAAAUUGUGCAUAUGCUUCGCUGCCAGCGUCGACCAUCCAGCCAGUCAGUACCAGCGCUGCGCCAACGAAUAUACCUGGCCAAGGUGGUAUCCCUGGCUGUGCAGCGGUUGUCUCGACUAGUGGUACGUCAGCCUACUGCAACUGCGGUGGCACACCAGCUCCCACCCUCAGUCCUAUAUCCUCGGGACUCUUGAACUGUGACUACACCAUCCAACCAACAAGCUCCUACAACCCAGCAAUACCGCCGCCGCCGUUAUCAGCUGCUCCACUGCCAGCAUCAUCGCCGGCAGCUGCACCAGCACCCCCGUACGCGACCGGAAAGUGCAAUGUCCACAUCUGGCAAGGCCUCGGACAGGAGCUAGGCGAUCCUGAGGUAGUCAUCGACGUCAACAUCAGCGAUGCCAAGGGCAGCGUCAUUGGCUAUGCCGCCAGCAAGUUAAACUGGGCUCAGGCAUUUGGAGUAGACAGCAAGCUCCCAUACGUAAUGGAAGUAACUCCGCAGACGGGCCUCCCCAACAGCAGACGCUUGACCAGGGCAUCUCUUGGAAAGAGACUGGCCCCUGGUCUACAGCCUCGGCCAUUGUUCGAGAAAGGUCCAGUCGAUUUCGCUAUUGGUUCGCAAUCGUGGGAUUCUACCUCCUCCCAAUGCUCUGUUGGAGCCUGGGAUAACGGCGAUGCGAACGACUUCUUUGGAGCCCUAAUUUUCGGUGACGACCCGCUUCCCAACCGCCAAAUGGAUUGUAAAUUCGACUGUCCCAGUCCAAGCAGUAAGAAACGGGCCGUUGCCGAACGACUCGAGCCUUUUCUUGAGCGGGACGACGAUUCGAAGCGAGAUCUGAAGAACCGCGUCGCCAGAUAUCCUUCGCCGACAACCGACAACGAUCCAUCACCCGUAGACGAGCAACUGUUCGAUGUGCGAGCACUGAAUCCUCGCGCACCCCACGGCGCUGCAUGGGUCAAGUACGCGCCGAGCGGAGCUCGAUACUACCAAGCCUGGCAAGACAAGACGGGCGAUGAUGCAGUCUACCAAUGUAACUUUGACGACGACUUCGACGUUACCCUGCCCGUCAAAUUUGCGCUCCCCGCGAGGGGUAUCCAGCCCGCCCUACAGGCCGAGGGCUACGGCAUCGGGCGGGAGUACUACGCUAUCACUGCAACGGGCCCUAAGAACGCGGCCGACGGGCCCUUCGCCGACUUCUCAAACACCAUCAGCGCCACCCAGGGGGUAUUCCUGGCCAACGCCAAUAGCCGCGGCGCGCUGCCCUCGGACCCGAACGAUCCUAUGUACAACCCGGCCUUCCCCAACGGCCGCCAGCCCGUGCCCUGGCAGUUCUCCUCGGUCGCCUGGUGGAUGUGGACCAAGACCGUGCUGACGCAGAACCCAGCCUGGGCGGAGAACCCGUCGCAAGCAGACUACUCGGGCAUCAAGUCCUUCUGGCGUCGCGAGAUCGACAACGCGGAUACCAAAUCUAUCCUCGACGACGCCUUCGCCGGCAAGGAUAUCAGUUCCACUCAGACGUGGACGCCCGAGGAUACGGACCAGGACACCAACCCUUUCUGGGCGCUGCUGGGGAGCCCGAAUGGCAACGGGAUCCAGUAUUUCUUGACGGACAACAAGGUCGCGCUCAAGGGCAAGGGGAUCAUCAGUAUUAGUGCGACGACGGUGCAGAGUAGUGAUGCGAGAUACUAUUCCAUGUGGGCUACGUUUGGGUAG